ACCGUACCAGUCACGCAGCGAGUCCACAGCAAUGAGAGCAGAGGAAGAAGCCGCAGCGUCAUCAUGCCUGCAGCUGUGAUUAUGGAGGAGAAUUUUGACAAACAAUUAGAGCAAUGUGAAGCCCAGGAACUCGAGGCUCCAGGGGGCAUUGCUACUCCUCAAGUUUACGCUCAUCUGCUGGCACUUUAUUUACUACAUAAUGACAUGAAUAAUGCCAGGUAUCUUUGGAAGAGGAUUCCUCAAGCAAUCAAAACAGCAAAUCCUGAGUUAUCAGCCAUCUGGGCAGUCGGCCAGCGUAUUUGGCAACGAGACUUUCCGGGGAUCUACACCACCAUCGCUGCUUUCCAGUGGACGGAAAACAUUCUUCCCGUCAUGGAGGCCCUUCGAGAGAGCACGAGACAGCGAGCAUAUGGACUGGUGGCUCAGGCCUACACUUCUAUCACAGCGGACGACUUCGCAGCGUUCGUGGGCUACUCUGUAGAGGAGGCGGUGAAUGGUGUGGUGAGUCAGGGCUGGCAGGCUGACCCGGCCACGAGGAUGGUGAUGCCCAAGAAGCCAGAUCCACCCCCUGUUUCUUCAGUUCCAAACGAACAGCAGUUGGCCCGGCUCACCGACUACGUGGCUUUCCUUGAGAACUAAUAACCAGCACAACCACUGCACCCCACGUCCCUCGGCACCCGACUGGGAUUAGACCAAGCAAAAGACUAUGUAGAUCUUUUUAUUAGUUCUGAAGAACCUGGCCGUUUCAUAUUAAUCUCAUGCACAAAUCGAACACAAACCAUCCUGUUUAAGUAUGAUUCUCUCAUGUUCACCACCCAGGGGAAUGAAGCAAACAGAUUAUUUAAGGAUUUAUUCUUCAGAGUGGGGACUCAAGUCAUUGUCUUUUUAUGUUUUUCAGAUUGAUUUAGCUCCAUCAUGAAACAUGAAAAGCCUAUAUCAAUGUCACUUCAGUUUUGUCUGAUGAAUAAAUAUAUCUCUGUUUUCUA